CCAAGAACUUAGGGGGGAGGUUUGUAAUGAACUUAAGGUUCAAACAGUUUGACUUUUUCCUCUGAGUAAACCUCCAUGACCAAAAGCAAGGCGCGGGAAGCAACUGGGCAAAGCUCCUCACACAUCCUCCUCGUCUUCCCAAAUCUAAACCCUGGCUUUCUCUAUCGUCACCAAGCAACAGCGGCAGCCAUGGUGGUAAGUGAAUGGUAAACUCAUGUACCUAGUUCUUUCCAGUUUCUGCUUGGCAUAUCCAGUAUUUAUAAUCCGAUUGUUAGUGGAAAUGAACAGCGGCCGCAGAUGAUACUGUUGAAGGAACACGCAGGCAUUUCUCACUCGGCACAAGAGCCAGCUUAUCAGCAAAUUAAACGCCCAGACGUCAUGAUGGAUGUGGUGAGGGCGGCGCUCGGGACCGGGGCAAUGGACGAGCUUAUCUACGACGAGAAGGGCGGUGUCGCCGUCGACAACGACGGCGCAAAUAUCAUGAAGAUUCUCUUCGCAAAUCAGCAAGUCCAAGGACUUCGAGAAUACAUAAUAGGUACUUACAAUCGUGAAAUCCGGGGCAAUUGAUUUACCGAUUGAUUGGCUUGGAAGUAUUAAAUUGGGAUUCUCUGAAUUAAUUUUGAGAUUGUUUUAAUUUACACAAGUAAAUUAGAAUUUUUGGAAGACCCAACAGCUGUCUCUAUGGCCACCAACCAACAAUGGCAGCCAUGGUGCGCAGCCGCAGAUCAUACUUUUGAAGGAACACACGGACAUUUCUCACUCGGGGCACAAGAACCAGCUUAUCAGCAAAUUAAACGCCUAGACGUCAUGGUGGAUGUGGUGAGGAUGACGCUCGGGACCGGGGCAAUGGACGAGCUUAUCCACGACGAGAAGGGCGGCGUCACCGUCGACAACGACGGCCCAAAUAUCAUGAAGAUCCUCUUCGCAAAUCGCCAAGUCCAAGGACUUCGAGAGUACAUAAUUGGUGUGCCUGUGGAAAAGGAAAAAAGCAAACAUGAUGAGAAUGUCAAUGUUAUUGGGUUUUCUGCUGAUAUUUAGUUUGGCAGUGGUAGACGCAAGAAGAGUAGAGAACAUGAGAUUCAAAGAGCAUGUGAAGAUUGGGCUCAAACACCAUAUGUUGUACAAGGAACCAAAUCAGCCCACGAACAGGCGAAUCCGGGACCUUUUGAAGAGGAUGACUCUAGCAGAGAAGAUCGGCCAGAUGGUGCAAAUUGACCGUAGUGUUGCAACACCUGAAAUCAUGCGCAACUAUUCCAUUGGCAGCCUUCUUAGUGGUGGAGGCAGUGUCCCUCGCACUCAGCUACCCCUCAGAAUGGAUAAACAUGGUUAAUUCUUUCCAAAAUGGUUCCCUUUCCAGCCGUUUAGGGAUCCCAUGAUCUAUGGAAAUUGAUGCUGUCCAUGGCCACACAAUGUCUACAAAGCCACUAUUUUUCUCACAUAUUGGUCUUGG